AUUUUACAUAUAUUACUUACAAUUUGAUCAGAUCGGAGAGGUUUAAAGAAAUUUUAGGGAAUUAGGAUGUCCAAAAAAGUGAAAACUCCCAGGUAUAGCCAACCUAAGGUUUCUAAAGGACCAAAACCCGCCUUUAAAUCAUCUGGAGCAAAAUACAAGUCCAAUUAUGGAGGAUCGAGUUCUCAGAAGAUGGAUGGAAGAGGACCAAUGGGUCGACCACCAGUUCAAAAUAAAGUAAAAAAAGAAGAAACAGCUGACUUAGAGCAACAGUUUAUUCUCAGAUUACCUCCGGGACCAGCAAUGGCUCUCCGGCAUGAUGUUCAAUCAGGUGCUCAAAAUUUAAAGGAUAAGCUAAGUAUUGAACUGCCUCAUGAUCGCAGAAAAGGCUACGUUCGAUUCGGAGGUGACGUUUACAAUGCUAAGCUAAUGGAUUUACCUUGCAUUUUGGAAUCUUGGAAAACUUUGGAUAAUAAGACACUGUACAAAACUGCGGAUAUUUGUCAGAUGUUAACUUGUAGCUUCAUAGCGUCAGAUAGUGACGAUGAGAUGGAUACAGCUGAUAAAAGAAAACAACGAGAAAAAAAAUAUAUUUACAAUCACGGAUUAACGCCACCAUUAAAGAACGUUCGAAAAAAACGUUUUAGACGGACGACAAAGAAAAAAGUUCACCAAGAAGCUCCUGAUAUCGAAAGAGAAGUAAAACGGCUACUUCGAGCCGAUAGUGAUGCAAUAGAUAUAAAAUGGGAAGUUGUGUAUGAAACCGAUACAGAACAUGAAACAACAGGAGCGUCAGGACAAAUCGGAGAAACUGAGCUGUUUGGUGGCGCUAUAAGUUCGGAUGAUGAUGAAGAAGAGGCUCCUGAAGCUGAGAUAGAUUUUGAUUCUUCUAGACUCUCCACAAUAGGUGAACAAAGCCAGGAUGGUAGUGAUGUUAUGCCCGAUCUCGAUGCUCGAUUGCUUAGUAUACAAAAAGAGUUAACCUUGCUCCUAAAAGAAAAGGAGAAAAAACAAAAUUUACUAUCUCUAGCCAUAGGGGAUGACAAACAGAAAAUAGCAGGUGAAAUUUUACAAAUUGAGCAAGAAGAAAGUGAAAAGAAAAAAGAAUGCGAAAUAUUAGACUCUAUGAGAUUGUAA